AUGCCCUGCCCCAGCUUACCUCAGGGCCCCUGUAACCAGGCCAUCCAUGCCCCAACACCUGCCCCACCUCACAGCAGCAGAACCAUCACAUCCUGCUCUAUCGUGGCCACAGCUAAGCAGAAGUUCCUCACUCAUAAUUACCAGCACACUUUGGCUCUUGCAUUUGCUGUUAAUGAGAUCAAUGAAUAUGCUGGAAUUUUACCCAACAUUACCCUUGGUUUCCACAUUGCUACUGACAAUCAUGAGGAAACUACCACUUAUCAAUUAGCAAUAGAAUUUCUAUCUACAAAAGAUAAAUUUAUCCCCAACUACAAAUGUAAUGACCAAACCCACACGGUAGCUGUCAUUGGAGGACCCCGUUCUAGGACCUGUCUCAACAUGGCAACUACUCUAUGUAACUACAAAUUUCCCCAGAUCACAUAUGGAUCAGCUCCACUGGUGAAUGAUGAAAUAGCAGCACUGUUUGUCAAAUGGAUGUUCCCCAUUGAGGAGCACCAGUUUAAUGGAAUACUGCAUUUACUGUUGCAUUUUAGAUGGACCUGGGUUGGGAAAGUUUGCUUUGUUGAGGAAGAUAAAGAGAGAUUCAUUCAGAAUAACCUUUCCAUGUUUACAGAGAAAGGAAUCUGCUUUGACUUUAUAGACAGUAUCCCACAAAUAAUGUAUGGUAAUUUAGCUGCUGAAAUGGUGGAGGAGGCAGAUAAAUUAUACAAAGUCAUCAUGAAGAGUACAGUCAUUGCAGUGAUCUUGAAUGCUGAAAUUACAGGCCUGGUGGCUUUGAGACUUAUGAUCUAUGUUUUAGAUUCUGAUGAUAUACCAAAACAAAGAAAAGCCAAGGUCUGGAUCAUGACAGCCCAGAUGGAAUUCACCUCCAUUCUGAUGCAAAGAGAAUUACCCAUUGCUUUUCUCCAUGGUGCUCUUUCCUUUGCAAUUCAGUCAAAGGAGCUGACGGGGUUCCAAGAAUUUAUACAGAAGAGAAACCCAAACUUAGAAAAUGAAGACAACUUUAUUAGAGACUUUUGGAAAGAUGCAUUUGAAUGUUCCUUCUCCAGCGGUAUUACAGAUGGGAAUGCUGGCAAGACCUGCACUGGGGAAGAGAAGCUGGAAUCUCUUUCUCAAUCUAUAUUUGAAAUGAGCAUGAACGGCCACAGCUACAGCAUCUACAAUGCGGUCUAUGCUGUGGCACAUGCUCUGAGGCAAUUGUACUCCUCCCAGUUCAAAUAUGGGAAAAGAAUUAAGGAGAGGAGAUGGAAGCUUCUUCUUCAGUCACCAUGGCAGACAUUACCUCUUUCCAUCUGUAACAAGAAAUGUCCCCUUGGCUAUAGCAAGAUAAAAGUGGAAGGGAAAUCAUCUUGCUGCUAUGACUGUAGACGCUGUCCAGAAGGGAAGAUAGCUGACCAAAUGGACUUGGAUGAUUGUUUUGCAUGUCCAGAAGAUCAAUAUCCAAACAAAGAUCAGGAUAGUUGCCUUCAAAAAAUUGUAGUUUACUUGUCAUACCAAGAGCCUAUGGGCAGUUCUUUGGCAAUAAUUGCAAUCUUCUUUUCUAUGAUGUCAGCUUUGGUGCUGGGGAUCUUCAUUAAACACCAGGACACUCCCAUUGUCAAAGCCAACAACAGAAACCUCACCUAUAUUCUUCUCAUUGCUCUCCUGCUCUCCUUCCUUUGCACUCUGCUCUUCAUAGGGCAACCUGACCAAGUGAAAUGUCUCAUGCGACAAACUGCAUUUAGCAUCAUGUUCUCUAUAGCUCUUUCUUGCAUAUUGGGGAAAACAACUAUUGUUGUUCUUGCUUUCAUGGCCACCAAGCCAAGCUCCAAAAUGAGGAAAUGGGUGGGGAAAGGGCCAGCUAUCUCUAUUGUUCUAUCUUGCUCCCUGGCACAAUUCUCCAUUUGUGUGAUGUGGCUCGCAAUUUCUCCUCCCUUCCCCGAUUCUGACAUGCACUCCAUGGCUGAAGAAAUUGUCCUGCAAUGUAAUGAAGGUUCAACCACUAUGUUUUAUACUGCCCUAGGCUUUAUGGGGUUCUUGACUGCAGUCAGCUUCACAGUGGCCUUCCUAGCUAGGAAUUUACCUGACAGUUUUAACGAAGCCAAAUUUAUCACCUUCAGCAUGUUGGUCUUUUGCAGUGUUUGGGUAUCAUUUGUUCCCACCUAUUUGAGUACCAAGGGAAAAUACAUGGUGGCUGUGGAGAUCUUCUCCAUUUUGGCUUCAGCAGCUGGAUUACUGCUCUGCAUAUUUUCUCCCAAAUGUUAUAUCAUUGUUCUUAGACCUAAUCUGAAUACAAAGGAACAAAUAACAAAGAAAUGA